AUGCCGCAGACUCCGGGGCACUCUCGUAACCCUUCGAGCGUCGAUGCCUCGUACCAAUACAACAGCGUCAACUCGUCCCCUCAACGUAGACGGACAUCAAGAUCCUCCGCCAACGAUCCCGCGACGCCUUUGCGAAGUAGCUUCAACACCCAAGAUGCCCUAGAUAUCUCGUACGCCGGCGGUGGCAUGGACGGUGGUGGUAAUGGCUUGGGCAACCUCGCAGACGAGCUGGCCGACGCCUUCUCCGAUUCCGGAGACGAGGGGGAAUACUACGAAGAAGACAACGACAACAACAACAACAACAACAGCAACAGCAACGGCAAUGGGACGCCAAAUAUCAACGUCCAAGAGGCCGACAGACGAGCCAGCGGGGCAGAAGGAAUACGAGACAGCGGGGUCGACGUUGCCAGUCUUGGUGAAGCCAGCGGCAAAGCGAAGAAUAUAAAUCUGGGUCCACCGCCACUCGCUCAACGCGGCCAUCGACGGAGUGGGAGCGAGUACGACGGCAGCGAGUAUGGUUCCGAGUCAGAUCUCGACUCUCCCGGCAUGCUGCCCAGUCUGGUGGCCAAGAUGGACGCUGUCGAGUCUUUGGCUAGGAGAGGAACGGAGAGCAACGGAGGGCCCACGGACGGAGUUUUCCACCGUGUCACGGAAGGCUUGAGAGAUCUGGGCUCUCAAGCUGGUGUCGAGGGUAGCGCAACGAGACUUAUCACUGCCCACUCGGCCCUCACGACUCACCUCACGCAUCAGACCCGUCAACUACACAACCUCACUUUCCCUCUUCUCUCGCCACUUGUCCCGCCCCCUGACUCCGAGACGAUUGACGAACUAUUGCCCCUUUUGAUUGAACUAUCCGAGUCGAUGCCCCGCCCGACAACGAAAGCCUUCGACUCUCUGACAGCUCUCCAUACCUUAACCUCGGACCUUGUACAGAGCCUCAACUAUCUUUCAGAUACGCUCCAUAUGUCCAGACAAACCACGACCACGGCCACGCGUCGCUUGAAAAGCGCCAAAGAGCUGGUCGCAGAGAUUAGAAGGGAGGAAGAGCUUCGCGAAGAGGGCGAGCGAUGGCUGAACAGAGGUAACUGGAGCGAAAGGCUGGCCAAGCGUGAGUGUGCCGGGGUAUGCGGCGAUGUCGUAGGCGGUUUCGAGGAGGUCUGCAACGGCUGGCGUGCCCGGCUACUGGAGCAAGCUGGCUCUGCUCAAGCUUGA